GCCGAUUGGCUGACGGUGUCAACUCCCCCCCCCCCCCGCCCUCCGCACCCCCGCGUCCCAGGUGAGCUCAGGCCCCCAGUGGUGAUUUCUGUUUACCUAGAGAGCCGGUCCAGGUGGGGCUCCAACUCGGCGCUCGCUCCCCUCUGGGGCCCUGCCCGCGCAGGAAGCGGGGAGAACACCUGGCCGAGCUGCUCCUCGCCCUUCCCCUCCCCCCACCGCCCGGAGAGGUCGGGCCAGCAGCCAGAACCUGGAUCUCGGGGAUGCCCAGGACCCUCGAGGAGGCACGGACGUGGUGUGUUCCCCCUUCCCCAGACGAUGACCCCCAAGCCGCCCGGACCCCCGGACGGGGGCUGGGGCUGGGUGGUGGCGGCCGCAGCCUUCGCGGUGAAUGGGCUCUCCUACGGGCUGUUACGCUCCUUGGGCCUUGCCCUGCCUGACCUCGCGGAGCACUUUGACCGAAGCACUCAGGACACUGCGUGGGUCAGCGCCCUGGCCCUGGCGGUGCAGCAGGCAGCCAGCCCAGUGGGCAGCGCCCUGAGCACCCGCUGGGGGGCGCGCCCAGUGGUGAUGGUUGGGGGCAUCCUCACCUCGCUGGGCUUCGUCUUCUCGGCAUUCGCCCGCAGUCUGCUGCACCUCUACCUUGGCCUGGGCGUCCUUGCUGGCUCUGGCUGGGCCCUGGUGUUCGCCCCGGCCCUUGGGACCCUGUCCCGUUACUUCUCCCGCCGUCGAGUCUUGGCCGUGGGGCUGGCCCUCACGGGCAACGGGGCCUCCUCGCUGCUCCUGGCGCCCACCCUGCAGCUCCUCCUCGAUACUUUCGGCUGGCGGGGCGCCCUGCUCCUCCUCGGCGCCAUUACCCUCCACCUCGCCCCCUGUGGCGCCCUGCUGCGACCCCUGGUGCUCCCUGGCGACCCGCCGGCCCUACCCCGCGGGCCCUUAGCUGCCCUCGGCCUGGAUCUCUUCGCGCGCCGGGCCUUCUUAGUUUUUGCUCUGGGCACAGCCCUGGUGGGGGGCGGGUACUUCGUCCCCUACGUGCACUUGGCUCCUCACGCUUUAGACAAGGGCCUGGGCGGGUAUGGGGCAGCGCUGGUGGUGGCGGUGGCUGCGGUGGGGGAUGCGGGCGCGCGGCUGAUCAGCGGGUGGCUGGCGGACCAGGGCUGGGUGCCCCUCUCGCGGCUGCUGGCGGUGUUCGGGGCUCUGACCGGCCUGGGGCUGCUGGCCGUGGGACUGGUGCCCUUGGUGGGGAGCCGGGAGGGCUGCGGGGGGCCCCUGCUGGCGGCGGCUGGGGCCUACGGGCUCAGCGCCGGAAGUUACGCGCCCUUGGUUUUCGGUGUGCUCCCGGGGCUAGUGGGCGUCGGAGGUGUCGUCCAGGCCACCGGGCUGGUGAUGAUGCUGAUGAGCCUUGGGGGGCUUCUGGGCCCUCCCCUCUCAGGCUUCCUAAGGGACGAGACGGGAGAUUUCACGGCCUCCUUCCUCACCUGCGGCUCUUUCAUCCUCUCUGGCAGCUUCGUCUACAUGGGGCUGCCUGGGGCGCUGCCCUCCUGCCGCCCAGCCUCCCGGCCGGCCACCCCUCCCCCCAAGAGGGGCGAGCUGCUCCCCGCUCCUCAAGUUGCCCUGCUUUCCCCUGGAGGCCCUCAACCCACUCUGGACACUGCUUGUUGACCAUUAGUUUGAGCCACUCCCCCAGUAAAGAAUUUCUAUCCAGUUUCCUGCAAGCUCCAACUGUUCGCUAAUCUAAGAGGCUGAAAACAUUCUUUCUCCGUAAGAUAGUCAAGGGGGCGCCUGGGUGGCUCAAUCAGUUAAGCCUCUGACUCUUGAUGUUGGCUCAGGUCAGGAUCUCAGGGUCCCCCUGGGCAUGGAGCCUGGUUAAGAUUCUCGCACGCUCUCUCUCUCUCUC